CGGUUGUAUUAUUUGCUAAUGUCAGUACUUGCACGAGGGUUACCUUUUGCUGCUGUCGGUGCUUGGGUUUUGUAUUCCUAUCGUCACAAUAAUGUUUGUCCACAACAACAAAAUCAACAACAAUGUAAUCAACGAAAACGACAAACCGUGUUUCUACCUUUAUCCUCUCAACUUCCACCUCCCUUUUUAUCUUGCGAUCCUAGGCUUUUAUUCUCCAUUACAUGUUUGGAAUCGAAUAACAAUACUUCAAAUGAAUCUAUUGAUCAAAAUAGCAACAUUAUAGAAAAGUCAAAGGCAAAUUUUUUGGAAUUACAAGACCAACUUUUUCGGAGUAUACUGACGAGGUUUCCUUUGGUGGAGAACUUUCAAAAUAUGACAGCUGCUGAUCUACGUGAAUCUUUGGCCAACUUGUGGGAUAAUAUGACUUUGAAUGAUAUCAUUGACUCUGUAAAGGAUGUAAAAGAUACUGUGGCUAAUCCUGAACUGAACCAAGAUGCAGUAGUUAGGCAAGGCCGACAUCUAUGUCAUCAAGAAAAUGUUUUUUUACAGAAAAGAAUGGAGUUUCAACGAUCAUCCUUUGCUAAAUUCAUUGGUGUUGAUGAGAAAGAAGUGGAAUUAGAAGAUAUUCCUGUGAUCGCCGUCGCUUCUAGUGGUGGUGGCUAUCGUGCAAUGCUAGGCUUGGCAGGUUAUCUCAAGGCGAUGAAAGACUCGGGUGCAUUGGAUUGUAUUACCUAUAUUGCAGGUAUUUCGGGAUCAUGCUGGGCAUUAUCAUUAUAUUAUAGUGUUCUCACCAACUGUAAUUCGGAUACUUUGAUCUCUCACCUCAAAUCACGUGUUGGAAGUCAUAUAGGCAGUGUAUCUCAUGUUUUAUCUCUUGCUGCUGCAUCCACUCAAAAUGCAAAACUAUUGAUACAGGGUAUUGGUCAACGAUAUCUUCAACAAAGCACUGUCAAUUUAGUGGACUUAUUUGGAACUCUGAUUGGUGCUACAUUAUUCACAAGAACAGCUAUCGAAAAGGAUGAUGAUGAUGGUGAUCAACAUGAAGUGGAGUUUUUACUGAACAAGACAGAUAUGAAACUAUCAAGUCAGCGUCAAUUUUUUGAAAAUGGAAGUCAACCUAUGCCAAUCUACUGUGUGGUACGACAAGAUCUAGGAUUGGAAUCCAAAUCAGUGGAUCAAUGGAACUCAACAAACGAUGAAAAUGUGACUUUGGAACAACCUCAAGAAGAUGAUAUCAUUACUAGCGAAAUCGAAGAAGAAGGAUUACAUACUUAUCAAUGGUUUGAAUUAUCCGCAUAUGAAUUUGGCUCUGAUGAAAUACAUGCAUUUGUUCCUAUGUAUGCCUUUGGUCGAAAAUUUGUUGGUGGAAAAUGUACAGAACGAUUACCGGAACAAAGAUUGGAUAGUUUGCUUGGUAUGUUUGGCUCUGCAUUUGCUGCCAGUGUAGUCCAUUUUUAUCAGGAGAUACGAUCUUUUUUACCAAUCUCUACUUUACACAUGACAGAUGAAACCAUUGGACGAUAUCAAAAAUCUCUAUCAAUUUAUCACCCUAUCUCACCUGCAGUCUACGCAAAUCCUUUUUAUCAACUUUCAAAAACCAAGGAUACUACAAAAAAAUCUCAAGCUCUUUUCAACUCUGAAAUGUUACACCUGAUGGACGCUGGUAUGGACAACAACAUUCCGUUUUUCCCACUUAUCAACGAACGAAAAGCUGACAUUGUAGUUGCUGUGGAUAUGAGUGCCGAUAUUCAAACAGCUCCUCAUUUUGAUCAUGCCGAAGAAUACGUGAAACGCCAUGGAAUUGAAGGGUGGCCUGUUGGUGCAGGAUGGCCAAAGGAAGAUAUCAAGAAGACUAUUAAGGAAACAGAACAAACGAUAAAUUCUCUAGACAGACAGCAACACCGAUUAGAUCAUGAUAAUAAUGAAGAGUAUCAAACGUCAAGUAACAAAUCCCAAAAUGAUGUUCAGUCAAAUAUGCGACAACGGUAUGCACUUGGACCUUGUACUGUAUUCCCAACGACAACGACAACAUAUUCUGGUAUGGAUGAUGGGAAGCGAUUGAUUAUCUUGAUUUACUUUCCUUUUAUUGGCAAUGAUGAUUACGAUCCUGAUUUUGAUCCUCAAACAGCAGAUUUUUGUUCGACGUGGAAUUUUGUAUAUGAACCCGAUCAGGUAGACAAAGUAGUGGGAUUAGCUCAAGCCAACUGGAACAACAACACGGAUGUGGUGCGGACCGUCUUCAAAGCAGUUUGGGAAAGAAAGCGAAGGUUACGACUUGAACGACGUGAUGCUGAUACGUUGGCCAAUAUUUUUUUAUUCCCUUGAUUAUGUGGCUUUAUAUGUAUUGUACUGGUUUUAUUUUUAUUUUAUUUUUUAUUGCAUCCUCCUCCAUUUUACAUAGCAUUCUUUUAUCCUUUUUUUAUUAUUAUUAUUAUUAUUUCAUCUUUAAUAAACAUUCUCUCCUCUAUCA